AUGGCACGGAUUCACUGUCGAUGGCAUAACCUGCUAAUCUGCCUGUGCAGCCCGUGCAUCUGCCUGCUCCUGCUCUUCAUCUACACUGGUGUCAUGCUGAGUAUCAACAUGACAAACUCCAAUGUCUAUACGAUCCCCAGUGGGCCUCACUUUGUGGCCUCCGGAACUUUCAGAAACGAAGGCUUUGCCCCGAUGCCUAGAACUUUCUGGGCGCCACCCUCGCAAGUCAAAGGCCUCUGGAACCAUCUGCAGCUGGUCAGCGAGCGUGUAUACAACCCCAUCCUGCAUCCCAACAGCAGCAGGUUGAGGUUUGACGGUGAGUCCCUGCAGUGGAAAGGCUACUCUGAACUUACAGAUUUGGAGAAUGGGACAUCAAACUUUGGUGUGUACCGACCGCUAAUCAAAGAGUUUGUGAGACACAUGCAACAGAGGGAUUUUCCGAUCCUGACACAGCCAGAUGGAACAUGUGGCACUGGGGCAGACAACGAGAAGAAGCGCCCUCUUCUUCUCAUGGCCAUCAAGUCGUCAGAGUUGAACUUCAGGAACCGACAGGCCAUUCGACAGACGUGGGGCCGGGCAGGCUGGGUGGCAGCACACAGCAGUGGAGAAGAAAUUGGGGGGUAUGUCCGCAGGGUCUUCCUGCUUGGGAAAGAAAGCCCAGAGGAAUUGGGUGUAGAUGUGUCGGAGGUACUGCAGACAGAGAGUAAACUGUAUGGAGACAUUCUGCAGUGGGACUUCAAGGACACAUUUUUCAACCUCACCCUGAAGGACGUGCUCUUCUGGGACUGGUUCUCACGCAACUGCAGCCGCAUUCACUUCGUCUUUAAGGGAGACGACGACGUCUUCGUCAACACCAUGAAUCUGAUAACCUAUCUGCAGGACCAGCUCAAGAAGCCAGAUACACACAAGACGAUGAAAGACUUCAUGGUCGGACAAGUCAUCAACAGGGCAGUCCCCGUCCGAGAACGCCACUCCAAGUACUUCAUCCCUGACAGCUUCUACCAGGGCCUCUAUCCUACGUACGCAGGCGGGGGAGGGGUGGUGUACUCCGGCCUGCUGACCAGACGUCUACACGAGAUGGCCAAAAGUGUUCACCUGUUCCCCAUCGACGACGUUUACGUGGGUAUGUGUAUGGCCCGGCUCAACACCUCCCCGAUCAACCACCCUGCCUUCUUCACGUUUGGCCUUGACGAAAACGAAAAGGAGCCUUGUUUUUAUCACAUGAUCUUAUUGGUCCACAAGCGAAGCCCCAAAGAGAUGGUGAACCUGUGGGCGCACGUGAAAAAUACACAGACACAGUGUAGGGACGUGCCAUUGAGGGAAACAACCCAAGGAACCUAAACUCUGUUUUACAAAGAGUUCUUACCACAAGUUGAACAUCUAUGCUUAACCCUCUUAACCCUCUUCAUCUUUUUAGGGGCAUAAGACAUCGAACAUCUGACUCCAUAUGGAUCUCUCCCAUGUCAGACCCUUCUCUUUCAGCUCGGCCGUCACAGUUUGUUCCCAUGUCGCUUUCGGCCUUGUUGGAGUUUUUCAGGUGGUGUCCAUCUUAGAGUGAUCUUUGUAAUGCGGUUCGGGUCCAUUUGAACAUUUGAAAGUUAAAAAGAAGUGACACUGCAACUAAUGAUGUCUGUAUUUAAGGUCAUGAGCUCGAGGGUGUAAGUCAUGUUUUUGAAGAAUCUUAAUAUGCUUAAUAUGAUUUGAAGAAACAUAAUUCAAACCACAUCCUUCCAAGCUUGAAAAGCAAACUGUUUAUAUGUGCAUUCACAUAAAUAACGGUAAAUUGGUUGUUUAACUUGAAACCGUCACAGACACAUCAUACACACUCAUUAGACGUUCUACCAGUUUUCAGCAGAAAGCUAUUGGCAUGGGGACUCUCCUGUACAGCCAAUCAUAGACCUUGAGGGGUUCUCGCAAAAUUGUCAGUAUAUAUAUACUGACGUAACUGGCCAUUCUUUGGGGGCCCAUACAAAUGGCCUGCUUUGCUCUCCUUGUUUCAACUUCCCUGAUACGGACACAGACGAUAAAAGAACUUGUAACAUAUUGAGCACAUGUACUGCAUCAUUGUGUCAAUGUUGUAUUGUACAAUAGCCAGUAAAUAUUAUUUUCUCGCCAUUUUUUCCCCUGCUAAAUGAUCCACAAUGACAAUCUGACUUCAUUCAUUAUUCAUAUCCAAGGGCAGAGUGAUCUAGAUAUGUUGUGUUAUCACCCUAUUAACAACUGAAUUUCCCUCGGGAUUAAUAAAUUAUCCAUCUAUCUAUCUAGCUAACAGGUCGGUGUUUUGGGGAAUAAUCAGAUGCCAAGUGCUUUAUUCAUGUGAAUAUCCUCACUCACUCUAAAUGGUUUUGUACCAACACACUCAUGGAUACUAGUCCCCUCAAUAUAUGUAUCCUGGAUCCACACCAACAUUUAAGGGAUCUUCACUGACUCAUGUCACAUCUUGCCACCAAGUUUCAUAAUAAUCUGUCCUGUCCUGUUGCUGUGUCAUCCUGCUAACUGACUAACAGACAAAGAAACAAACAAAAUAAACCAAGUUAACCAGAUGCUCCUUGGUGGAUGUAAUAAA